CUGAUGUUGGCAACUCAAUCUGGUCUGUAGCUAUCUGUAAACAAUUUGUCGCACUCCUUGGGCCAGGGAACCCGGCCUUGUACCUCUUAUAUAGCGUGUGAACUACCGAGACUUGCUGACAAGCAGUCGCGCCUUAGAUAGUCCAAGGUUCACCCUUCCUCCCUUUCCUGUCGGCACUGCUCCUCCACUGUUUUGACUCUUCGGCAAUCAAAUACUACAUGGAUACUUCGAUCAUGAGCCAUAACCCAACACGUCCGUCACCUCUGUCGAGGAAGUCAUCACCGUUCAAAGACCCUCGCCCAGCACCGUGCACACCAGCGAAGACAGCAAGAGCCUGGGAUGAGUACGAGAAGCAAGCGAGGCAGAACGCAAGGAGGAGGGAUCGGGCCUCGCAGUCAUGCCAACCGCAUCGCAACUCAGCGUCGUCAGACGUCGGCAAGGGGUCACGGUCGUCAAGCUCCACUGCAAGGUCAAGCUAUGACUUCAAGUUCCGGAACGCUCCUAUCGCCACAUCAACAGAAGUUGCUACCUGCAAAAGCUGCAAGCAGCCUAUCACUUAUGCCUCAGGGAUCUGCGAGCGCUGCAAGAAGACCAUCAUCCUGCCUUCUCCUACUGGUGAAUCCACACCACCUCUCAGCCCGGCAGCUCGGAACUUCGCAUCCACAGACCUACACUUGCUCGAGAAGUCCACAUCACAGGAGGAACAAGGUUCACGGCCAUCAAGUUCGCCAAAGCGCAAAGGCUGCCCACCUGCAUUGAAACCUACCAACCCGCCUGUCCGGCUUGACUCACUACGACCACCACCAAACACACAGGAUCUCAUGGAAGCCAACCGCAGCCGUAAAGCGUCCUUAACUGAUCCCAACGAACCCUUCCUCCGUUUGCAGUAUGCUCACCAAUAUGCGCCUUACACGUACUCCAUUCCCACAACACCGACUUACCCACCCACAAGCCCCCCGUCAACCAUUCCAUCCCGUGUCUCCACUCGACCAUCUAGCUUCUCCCAAAUGACAUCUUCACUUACACAAAGCGCAAUCAUGCCAUCCUACACGCGACAAAACAGCGCAACGCCUUCCGAGCUCAGCCAAUUGCACCACUACGCACCUGUUCCCCUGGCCGCCACAUCACCACCCUCCCUCUACCACGUGAACAACGGCCCGCAAAACACGACAUCCGCAUGGGAUGACUGGGACUCCGACGGAGAAGAGAAAGUGCGCCUUGUCGGAUACUGGAAGCGCAGCGGAAAAGACAAGUCCACGACCCAUGUCAGCACCUCGAACUUCAAAAGCAAAGAAAAGGAGCGCUCACGCGCAGACAGCAAGAUUUCCUACUCCAGCAGCGAGGAGCACCGCAGUCACGAAAAGCACGACAAGAAGAGCAAAAGCAGUCUGGAUCGCAAGAGCGAGGAAAAGCGAAGCAAAGAAAGCUCACGUAGUCAGAGCAGGAUGGGCAAGCGCAGCGAGACAAAAACAAGUUCGACCGUGCGGGAGUCAUACAAAAAGCACAAGAAGAGGCCGAGUGGGUUGACUCGCUUCCUCAGCUGCGGAUGCUGAAUCAAAAUUCAU